CGUACUUGCCCCGUUCUGUGCUGUCUCAGCAACUCAGUACCGCUUGAGAGGCGAGGUUUUUUGUGGGAAUGUUCACCUUAGAGAGCUGGAAUCCAUCAUGUUCAACCGCUUUUGAAGUUAAACACAACUGAACUGUCAUAAAGCAUUGAUGUACGUAAAAGUAACUGAAGACAUUCUCCGCUUCCUAAACAGCAGAUAAUAUGAGUCGACUGGAAGAAGAGGAAUUGAUGUUCGUCCAUCAAGCUGAGGUCAAACCCCCAGUCCCUGGCCUCGGAGGUGUCCAUGCACUGUCCACCUAAAGCAGAGUCUCCCGUACCGAGACGGACGCUCUCGCCAAGUUGUUUAAUGUCUCAGCUGCCUCGCGCUGACUUUGGGUUGCUCUCUGCGGUCCAGUUUUCCCCCUGACUCAUCCUUUAGCCAUGGCGAACGAUGGGCUGAGGAUGGUGUCCCAUCCCGGGGACGGGGACCAUUUGGGCAUCGUGCUCGCGCGCGUUUCGCCCAUGAACUCUUCCUCGUCGUCCGGCUCCACCCAGGAGAGCGCGUACCGAGGUUGCGAGAAUGGUGCGCUGAUGGACUCCUUUGGCAUCUUCCUGCAGGGCCUCCUGGGGGUGGUGGCCUUCAGCACACUAAUGUUGAAGCGCUUCAGGGAACCUAAGCAUGAGAGAAGACCAUGGAGGAUCUGGUUCCUUGACACCUCUAAGCAAGCCAUAGGAAUGCUCUUCAUUCACUUUGCUAAUGUUUACCUGUCUGACCUCACAGAGGAGGAUCCGUGCUCGCUGUACCUCAUUAACUUCCUCCUGGAUGCCUCUUUGGGUAUGCUUCUGAUUUAUGGGGGUGUGCGUGCUGUCAGCGUGCUGGUGGAGUGGCAGCAGUGGGAUUCGUUGCGCUUUGGAGAGUAUGGGGAACCAGCGCAGUGCUCAGCUUGGGCGGGUCAGUGUGCCCUGUACAUUGUCAUCAUGAUAUUUGAGAAGGUCCUUAUCAUCCUAGUCCUGCUCAUUCCACAGUGGAAGCAGCUUGCUCUUUUGAACCCAAUCGAGAAUCCACAAUUGGAGCUGGCCAUUGUUAUUUUCAUCGUCCCCUUUUUUGUUAAUGCUCUCAUGUUCUGGGUUGUUGAUAACUUCCUGAUGAAGAAGGGCAGGACAAAAGCCAAGCUAGAGGAAAGAGGGGCCGGGGAUGACCCACGGGGCGGCAGUAAAGUACGCUACAGACGAGCACUCUCCCAUGAUGAGUCUGAAUCUGAGAUUCUGAUCUCAGCUGAUGAUGAGAUGGAUGACUCGGAUGUAGAAGAGGACAUGCGCCGCCUGACAGGCCUCAAACCCAUCAAAAAGAAGAAGCAUCGCUUAGGCCUUCCUGUCUGACUGUCUUGUCUCUGUACCCCUUGUUGCCCUUAAACUUUUCCUUCCUUCCUGGUUUUAGUGGAAACUAGAGCCUUUCUAAUCUUAAACUUAAUGCCUAGCUGUCGGUGGGCAAAGGGGCUGUGUUGAGGACUACCAGUGCUUCAGAGUGUCGUUUUGGGAGCACUUCCUGCCUCCAGCUCUUAAAAUGGAUUCUGUGCAGAACGGAUUGCAAAUCCAGUAUAGAAGACCAAGGAGAAAAGAACAAAGCAAUGCUUUGUGCCUGAUAAACAAAGGAACAUUAACCAUAUGCUGUUAAAUUAACAUUCUCUCCUGUUGUUUGGCUAAAAGGUGGGGCAUUACAGAUUGCCUUAUUGUGCUAUGUUGCUGUAAAACCUGCAAACCAAUUUCCUGUGAUUGAGUGAGUGAUUUUGGUGUGUACCUGGGGGUUCUUUUGGGUAUGGGAUCUUUUUAAGCGUGACUGUGCAUCAAGGCUGUUCAUUGUGGACUAGUGUACAGGCAAGAUGACACUAGAUGGUGAUCGAAUUUAUUUUUAGGGAGGAAAUCUUGGAUUCAUCUGAAAAUCAUGGGAAGUUUCUUGUAGUCCUUAAAAUAGUAGUGUAGUCACGUGUGUCCUUUACCUGUUAGCAAAUUAAGUUAUUUCUUUUGCAGCCUAGUACUGUCAGUGUGAACGUAUUUGCCCAUGUUCUGUGAGUGUCACUGCAGGCAUGUCUGGUCCUGAGACAUGAGAAAAGGGAAGGACAGUGCUGCUGCUGCUGUUACCAGUCUCUGUGUGGUUACUUUGAGGACACAGGCUAGGUAUUAAACUGUGAAUGACCACAACGGUGGAUGUGUCUACUUCUUCUGGAGAAGCAAACGACUGUAGAAGGUAUAUUGUGAGCUCAUUUGAUACUCAACAAAUGUAACUUUAAUUUACUGACAUGUCAAUUCCUUCUUCCUUUGUGAGUGUUAGCUGUUAAUGGCUUAGCGGUCAGUGCAGGCUCCUGGUCAUUUGGGAGCAAGUGUUCAAAUUCACACUGGCUUCCAUUGGACAGCUCAUGGGAAAUUGAUCAAAAUCUAUUAUUUAUUGUAAUUGUUAAUGCUCAUCUUGUUUUAUGUCAUGAAAUUGCUGUUGUAUUUGUGUUGUUUUGUUCUUUGCCAAACAGUGAGAUUUCCUGAGAUUCUCUUUUCAUGCUGUGUGUAGAUUUGUGGCCAAGGCUUUCUCUCUCCAGAAAACAAAAUCUUCUGCAGUUCUUGCCUCAUUUGAAAUAUAGUGAUGCAGACAUGUCUCUGUAUUUCUCCUGGCCAGACUUUUGCUGUCUGCCUGUCUUACAUUCCCAUGUGUCAGAGGGAGGUCCAUGUCACAUGUGUGCAUCCUGCUUUGUUCCACAUAUGAAAAUUUGUGUUCAUAUCUCACAAUACACAUUCCUUAAGGAAACCUUUUAUUCUGAGGGUUGAUUUUUAUUCUGGUAAAUGGUUAUCCUAUAUAGCCAUGACCCCAUGAUUGAGAGAAUAUCAGCAAUUAAUGAUGUCUCUUUGCUGGUGGCAAAGAGUGCCAAAACUUAAGUAUCCUGACUGGCAUCUGGAUUCUGCUUCUGACUUAGAAAGCAAGUACGUUACCACACAGACUUGUACCUGCUGUCAUUGGGGAGGAAUCUGUAAUGUUGUAAACUAGAAGAGCAUGUCUGUUCAGGCAGCGAUUUCUGGGUAGUGGAUCCAGCUGGUGGUACUUACUAGACACUUCAUUGUGGAAGAAUACUGUAUAUCUCCGUUAGAGUGCAGAGUUCGCACUCUGAUAAAUAACACGGAAGUACACACAAGGGACAGACAACAGGCAUGCAACACUGGCACUUGGCCUUUUCCAUUCCCCCCCCCCCCCUUUAUUCCUCUGGAUGUCAAACUUUUAGAGACUGAUACUUUUCCUCUGUUUCUUUUCUUUGUUUGUUGUGUUAAAGGGACCAUGGUGUUUCUCACAUCAGCUAUGUUACACUUUAAACUUAUGUGGUUGGACCAUGCUAGAUUGACAGGUCAUGGCAGGGUAUGGUAAAGGUGAGAUGAAAGAACUAGAAAGUGUUCUGUGGUACUAUCACUUCCACCUGCACAUAUUGAGAGAUUGCAAUUGCAACUAGGACUUGCAUACUUAUACAUACAUAUUUACAAUAAAGUUUAUAUAAUAUUAAACCAAAUGGUGAAGUUCUUACUUGACUAUGAUUGUCUUGAUUUUUGUGUGCAUUGUUUUCUGGGUCAAUAUUAGACAUUCUUGACCUGAUAUGCAAAGUAAGUGCUGGAAUGAGCUACUGUAGAUGUUUAGGCUGGGGUCAUAAAGCUGCGAGAUUGUCAAUAGAACUGUUUUAAAUAGGGAAGUGUCUUGUGAGACUUAUUUGUGUUUAAAAAGGUGAUUGUACAAUAGUUCUUCCUGAUACUUUUUCAGCAGACAAUGUGUGAUUAAAAAGGGGAAUCUAAUAGUUUCACAUGGUUUAAAUUUGUUUGGUUUUCCCAGAAAAGACUUUUUAUUUUUGCCCCCCCUGCUCCCAUGCAGACUGUGCAAUUAUAUCUAACACUAAAGGAAUGUGGGUGGACACAGCACUGUUAAAUGCAAACAGAGGGAAACAUUAAACAGAACCAGGCACAGUUACCAUGUGACCA